AGUUUGUAUAACUAGUAAUUAGUGAAAGUGUAGUUUAUUAUUUUUUCGUCUAAGAUUGAAGGGAAAAGAAACUGACACUGUCUGCUAGAUAUUCCUUCGGAAAAACAAUAUGAACAUUUCACUAUUAACUGCCGGGUUGAUCCUUCUUCUCACUGUGCAUAGUUCAACACAACAACGACGAAAAGUUCGAAAUGAGAGUCAAAAUGGAGGUUUGAUGUCCGGUCUUCAAGGAGGUACACUGGCUGGAUUUCGUGAUCAAGACAACAUGGGGAUUCAAAAUGAGAGUCAAAAUCAAGGUUUGAUAUCCGGUCUUCAAAGAGGUGUACUGGCUGGAUUGCGUGAUCUAGACAACAUGGGGGUAAAACUUUGCAAACAGGAUUUCAAUGGUACCAUCAGACAAAUUGUGGCAAUGGAGGCUAUCAAAAAUAUGCCCUUAUUCAAACAGGUCAAAGAAAGUGACAUGAGGAAAAUUAUGAACGAUUCUGUCAGAUCCCGAAAAGUUUUCAAGGCAGCCCGAGCUCUUAUAGCAGAUGAUGAAGAAAUAGCUCCUAGAGUAGUUGGAGCUACUUUAAUGGGAGCUGCACAGCUAGCAGCCGACUUUGUGAAAAUGAUGCUGACAAGGUACUAAAUAAACAAUAAAGUUUUGAAAACCAA